CCACGCCCCUUCGUCGCGCCGACCGCACCAUGAAGCACAUCCCGGUCCUCGAGGACGGGCCGUGGAAGACAGUGUGCGUGAAAGAGCUGAACGGCCUCAAGAAGCUCAAGCGGAAAGGCAAGGAGCCGGUGCGGCGCGCGAACGGCUAUAAAACUUUCCGACUGGACUUGGAAGCGCCCGAGCCCGGCGCCGCGGCCAGCGCCACCGCCGCCACCAACGGGCUCCGGGACAGGACCCAGCCGUUCCCGAUCGCGACCCCAGUGCCAGCCUCCGUGGCGCCGGCGGUUCCUCCAGGUGGAGGCACCGACCUAGCCAGGGAGCUCAGGGGCAUCCGAGCGCCUGAAGGCGCAGACGCGCGCAAACGCGGCUUCGCUCUGGGCACGCUGGGACCCGGACUGCCCACGCCACCGCCGCCUCCGGCUCCCCAGAGCCUGGCCUCCGGGGGUCCCGAGACGCAGCCCUUCCGCGAGCCGCCUCUGCGUCCCCGCAUCUUACUGUGCGCCCCUCCCGCGCGCGCCCCGCCGCCCGCGCCUCCCGCACCCCCAGCGGCGCCGCGAGAGUCCCCCGUGCGCCCUCCGCCCCCCACGCGCUCCGGGGAAAGUUCCUACUCGUCAAUUUCACACGUAAUUUACAAUAACCACCCGGAUUCUUCCGCGUCGCCUAGGAAACGGCCCGGCGAAGCGACCGCCGCCUCCACCGAGAUCAAAGCCCUGCAGCAGACCCGGAGGCUCCUGGCCAACGCCAGGGAGCGGACGCGGGUGCACACCAUCAGCGCAGCCUUCGAGGCGCUGAGGAAACAGGUGCCAUGCUACUCCUACGGGCAGAAGCUGUCCAAACUGGCCAUCCUGAGGAUCGCCUGUAACUACAUCCUGUCCCUGGCGCGCCUGGCUGACCUGGACUACAGUGCCGACCACAGCAACCUCAGCUUCUCCGAGUGUGUGCAGCGCUGCACGCGCACUCUGCAGGCGGAGGGGCGGGCCAAGAAGCGUAAGGAGUGACCUGCCACAGGCUAGACCGUGGACACUGCUGUGGGUCUCUUCCCAGUCGGGCCUGAGGAGAAAGAAGCUGGGGCCACCAAGAGGCAACCAGCCUCAUUUUCUGUCUUCUCCAAGAUGCUACCAGAUUCUCAGCCCACUUACCACCUCUCAGGGCCAUGCAGGACCAGGACAAGGGCACUCUGCCUCCCACUCAGUCUCCUGCUGUCCUCCAGCCAUCCAGGGUUACUUCAAAUUUUGCCUUCUGCCUGGUGGGGCAGGCUAGUGCCAAAGAUUCUCCAGAGAUUGUCCAAGGAAACUAUGGGAUGAAACCCCACAGCUUGAGCUACCAUUGCUGCCAGCCAAGUCCACCUCAAGCCAAAGAUGGAUUAACUUCUGCCAGGAACUCGGAGGAGUGGGCAUUUGGGAACCGUCAGCAGCGCUUAGCCCGCUGAUCCGUGCCGUCUGUGCAGGGCCCUGAGCUGGCUGGGCACAAGACAAGCCCCCAAGGGCCAUGACAGGCAGGCUGGUGGUGGAAGGUGGGGUCUGAGAUCCUGGGCCCGUCCCAUUAGCUGCCCAGGCCUCCAACCCCAUUCCCAAUGUUCUUUGGGUCCUGGCUCCUUCUUGGACACCACACCUCCUGAGAGUGGAGGAAAAGGUUCGGUGUGAAGGGGCAAUAUUGCCCCAUACCCAACCCAGGACAUGCCUCAAGGCAAUCUUUCUGAACGUCUUUGCUCCCAGGGCCUGUCCCACCAGGUACCUCACCAGUGGCCAGACUCAGGCUAGCACACAAAGAUAGCACCCUGCUGGAAGGCAGCUGCCUAUGGACAGGCCAGGCAGGAGGGCUUAGGGAGGAAGGGACCAGGGAAUGAGCCAAUGUGGGGGAGGGGCACAUUUAAAGCCAAGGCCUGCUCCUGGUGCUGCAGAGGCCAAAGCCGUUCACAUCUGUGUGCAACCAUCUGCUUCAAAUUGAAGUAAAAGCUGCAACAUAUAAAGGAA